CGGAGAGGAGGAUUCAUCACCAGCCAUGGAGGUCAGCAUGGACUCAGCUGACAACAACAUGGCUGCGGCCGCCUCUGCUGCCCAAGACGAACUGAAUCAGCUUGAACGUGUCUUCUUACGACUUGGUCAUGCUGAAACGGAUGAGCAACUGCAGAAUAUUAUAUCCAAAUUUCUACCCCCUGUACUUCUGAAACUUUCCAGUACGCAAGAAGGAGUACGUAAGAAGGUGAUGGAAUUGCUAGUUCAUUUAAAUAAACGUAUCAAAAGUCGUCCCAAAAUCCAGCUUCCUGUGGAGACUUUGCUGGUCCAAUAUCAAGAUCCUUCUGCAGUGUCCUUUGUUACAAAUUUUACGAUCAUAUAUGUUAAGAUGGGCUAUCCUCGUUUGCCUGUGGAAAAACAAUGUGAACUGGCUCCCACUCUGCUUACUGCAAUGGAAGGAAAACCUCAACCCCAACAAGACAGCCUAAUGCACCUUCUAAUACCAACCCUUUUUCACAUGAAAUAUCCUGUUGAACCUCUGAAAGCAGCUUCUCCGUUUAAUCUUGCUGAAAAACCAAAGACUGUACAGCUGCUAUUGGAUUUUAUGUUGGAUGUCCUCCUUAUGCCUUAUGGAUAUGUAUUGAACGAAUCCCAGAGUCGCCAAAAUGUGCCAGCAGGGCAGAGCUCUUCUUCUUCUUCAAGUAGCUCUGGAACUUCUGGGAUCCCUCAGCCUCCCCCAGGGAUGAGCUUUUAUGCAGCCAAACGGGUAAUUGGAGACAGCCCAUGGACACCUGAACAGCUGGAACAGUGUAAAUUGGGCAUUGUGAAGUUCAUUGAAGCAGAGCAGGUGCCUGAAAUUGAAGCUGUCAUACACUUGGUCAUUGCGUCUAGCGACACACGACACAGUGUAGCAACUGCAGCAGAUCUUGAGCUCAAAAGCAAGCAAAGUUUAAUUGACUGGAAUAAUCCAACCAUCAUCAACAAGCUGUACAAAGUGUACCUUGGAGACAUACCACUAAAAACCAAGGAGGGAGCUGUUUUGAAACCAGAAUUGAAACGUGAUCCGGUUAGCACCCGGGUUAAGUUAAAGAUUGUGCCUCAUCUUCUGCGUUCCAGGCAAGCUGCAGAAACGUUUCCUGCAAACAUUCAGGUUGUCUAUGAUGGACUUUUUGGUGCAAAUACCAAUGCAAAACUGAGAACUCUGUCUCUUCAGUUUGUACAUCAUAUCUGUGUAAUUUGCCCAGACAGUAAGAUAAAGCCACUUGGCCCAAUGCUUCUUAAUGGGCUGACAAAACUGAUCAAUGAAUAUAAAGAGGACCCCAAGCUGCUAUCAACGGCCUAUUCAGCUGUUGGAAAACUAUCCAGCCGAAUACCUCAGCUGUUCACAAAGGACCUUGCUCUAGUCCAACAGUUUUUUGAAGCACUGUCUAAGGAAGAUCCUGAUACCAGACUGGCUAUUCAGGAGGCGCUGUCCAUGAUGGUUGGGGCUUAUACAAGUUUGGAAGGAGCACCACGUACUCUUAUGGAGGCACUUGUGGCCUCAAACCUAAUUAAGCCUCAAGUCCAAGUGCGCCAGGUGGCUGUAAAAUUUGCCAGCACAGUGUUCCCUCCUGACCACAUCCCUUCAAGAUACCUGCUGCUUUUGGCUGCAGGAGAUCCACGUGAGGAGGUGCAUGGAGAGGCCCAGCGUGCAUUGAGAACGUUUCCUGGCAAAAAUGAAAAGGAAAGUGCUGGUAAACAGAUGCCAUCCUUCCCAGAAAUGGUCCAGUAUAUUCAAGAGAAGGCCUCUCACAGAAUGAAAACCCCGGCUAAAUAUAUGACGGGGACAACGGUCAUGCCGUUCAACCCAGCUACUUUUGGAGAGAUAGUGCUCUACCUCCGGAUGUGUCUCGCUCACAGUGCUGGUGUCGUGCCGACCUCUCAGAGCUUAGCUGAUAUGCAGGAUCACGCUCCAGCCAUCGGCCGCUAUAUAAGAAAUCUCCUGUCUGGACAUUUUAUAACGUCCUCGUCCUCCUCCUCGAAGGGUGGCGAAAGCAACCCCGUACAGAUCUACAUAAGUCUUCUUCAGCAGCUGCUGUCUGGUGUUGGAGCGACACCGGAAGUGGCAUCACUUCCAGUAUCGCGGGAUUUUGGCAGCCGCACCAGUCAUUCUUCCAUCUUUCCAGCUGUUGGGUUCUGUGUGGGUUUGCCGGUAAUGUACUGUCUCCUAGAGGUUGUCUCAGUUUAUCCUGAAAAACUCGCAGCGAGAUUUGUAGACAAAAUGGAUUGGAUAAAGAGUCUUAUGAAUACGAAUAAGGAGGAAAUGCGGGAGCUGGCUGCUCUGUUCUAUUCAGUAGUUCUAACUACUGUGUCAGAAAAUGAAUUUAAAACAUCGGUUCAACAGCUGAUAAAAACAGCUAAGGACAAUCAUAAUCUGGAAAUGCAACACGGAUCCUUGAUGGCUCUAGGAUUCACAGUAGGACGGUAUUUGUCAAAGAGGAAAGCCGGAAUGGUAGAACUGCAUGACCUCGAACAGCCAAAUACUAUUGUUGUUCCAGAGCAAGAUGAGCUGAUCAAGUCAACAACUGGGGCUAUAGGUUCCUUUUUAGAUAGUACAUCACCUCUUUUGGCAAUAGCUGCUUGUACAGCACUAGGAGAGAUUGGCAGGAACGCCCCCCUACCCAUCCCUAAUGAUGGUACUGGAUUCACAAAGCUCCAUCUUGUAGAAAGCUUACUAGCCAGGAUCCCUUCUGGCAAAGAAACUAAUAAGAUGAAAGAACGAGCUAUACAGACACUUGGCUACUUUCCGGUGGGAGAUGGAGACUUUCCUCACCAGAAACUACUGUUGCAAGGAUUAAUGGAUUCCGUGGAGGCUAAGCAAAUCGAACUCCAGUUCACAGUGGGCGAGGCUAUAACCAGUGCCGCAAUAGGAACCAGUUCUGUAGCCGCCCGCGAUGCGUGGAUGGUGGCUGAAGAAGAGUAUAGCCCUCCUGCGGAUGUGAAAGUUAAUGAUGUCGUUCCCUGGGUCUUGGAUAUCAUUUUGAAUAAACAUAUCGUCAGCCCCAAUCCUCACAUAAGACAAGCUGCCUGCAUCUGGCUUUUGUCGAUGGUGAAGAAGCUGAGCACCCACAAAGAAAUUAAGUCUCAUCUCAAGGAAAUUCAAAGUGCAUUUGUGUCUAUUCUGUCUGAUAGUGACGAACUUAGCCAAGACGUUGCUUCAAAAGGGCUUGGUUUGGUAUAUGAGCUUGGGAGCGAACAAGAUCAACAGGAAUUGGUCACUACACUUGUCGAUACUCUAAUGACUGGGAAAAGAAUCAGGCAUGAAAUGACCGGGGAAACCGUGGUGUUCCAAGGAUCUGGCCUUGGCAAAACUCCAGAUGGCCAGGGUCUCUCUACUUACCAGGAGCUUUGUUCACUUGCUAGUGAUCUCAACCAGCCAGACUUGGUGUACAAAUUCAUGAAUUUGGCGAAUCACCAUGCAAUGUGGAACUCUCGGAAGGGAGCAGCUUUUGGUUUUAAUGUGAUUGCUACCAAAGCCGGGGAACAACUGGCUCCUUUUCUCUCCCAGCUGCUUCCCCGCCUCUAUCGCUACCAGUUUGACCCCAAUAUUGGGAUUCGACAGGCUAUGACCAGCAUUUGGAACGCACUGGUGACAGACAAAUCUGCAGUAGACAAAUAUAUGAAAGAAAUCCUUGACGAUUUAAUAAGCAACCUUACCAGCAGCAUGUGGCGAAUUCGAGAGUCCAGCUGUCUAGCACUGAAUGACUUGCUAAGAGGACGAUCCUUGGAUGACAUUAUUGAUAAGCUUCCAGAAAUUUGGGAGACUCUCUUCAGAGUGCAAGAUGACAUUAAGGAAUCUGUUCGAAAAGCAGCUGAAUUAGCCCUGAAGACUUUAAGUAAGGUAUGUGUGAAGAUGUGCGACCCUUCUAAAGGAGCUGCAGGCCAAAGGACGAUUGCUGUACUGUUGCCGUGCCUUCUUGAUAAAGGAAUGAUGAGUACAGUUACUGAAGUACGAACCCUCAGCAUUAACACACUGGUGAAGAUCAGUAAAAGCGCUGGGGCCAUGCUGAAACCGCAUGCUCCCAAACUCAUCCCAGCGUUGUUGGAUUCCCUGAGUGUGCUGGAGCCCCAAGUGCUCAACUACUUGAGCCUUCGCGCCACAGACCAAGAGAAGGCCGCAAUGGAUUAUGCAAGACUCAGUGCCGCUAAAUCCUCUCCCAUGAUGGAAACCAUAAAUAUGUGCUUGCAGUAUUUGGAUGUGUCUGUCCUGGGGGAGCUGGUUCCUAGGCUGUGUGAGCUGACCAGGAGCGGAGUCGGCAUUGGGACUAAGGGCGGCUGUGCUAGUGUAAUUGUAUCACUGACCACUCAGUGUCCUCAAGACUUGACACCCUAUUCAGGCAAACUCAUGAGCGCUUUACUCAGUGGGCUCACUGAUCGCAACAGCGUGGUGCAGAAAGCAUUUGCAUUUGCCAUGGGACACCUAGUUCGAACUUCACGCGACAGCAGCAUAGACAAAUUACUGCAGAAGCUGAACAACUGGUACAUGGAGAAAGAGGAGCAAGUCUUUAAAACCGCCUGUGCAUUAACGGUGCAUGCCAUUGGGCGCUACAGCCCAGAUGUGCUGAAGAAUCAAGCCAAACUGGUCUUGCCUCUGGCUUUCUUGGGCAUGCACGAGGUGCCUGAGGAAGAAAAGGGCGAGAAAGAGGAUGGCAACCUGUGGGCUGAAGUAUGGCAAGAAAAUGUUCCUGGUACCUAUGGUGGCAUAAGGCUGUAUAUGGAGGAGUUGAUAACCAUCACCCAAAAGGCUUUGCAGUCUCAGUCGUGGAAGAUGAAAGCUCAAGGCGCAGCUGCCAUGGCGUCCAUAGCAAAGCAGUCCGGCUCCUUAGUACCUCCACACCUGGGCAUGGUGCUUAGUGCUCUGUUGCACGGCUUGUCUGGAAGAACAUGGACAGGAAAGGAGGAGUUACUGAAAGCUAUUGCCAGUGUUGUCUGUGCGUGCAGUGCCGAGCUACAGAAGGCUGUUCCUGACCAGCCCAGCAUCAGCGAUGUCCUUCAGGCUAUGCUUAAAGAGUGCCGCAAAGAGAACCUUGGGUACAAGAUGGUGGCCCUUCGGUGCACAGCUGAUGUGUUGAAAACCACGCAGGAAAAUCAGUUCCGGGAGUUGACGGAUGUCAUUUUCCCUAUGAUAAAGAAAAAUUCUCCUGAGAUGAUGGGAACGGGCCCGUCCCCGAACGAUGAUGACGAUGAGAACGAAAAUGAGAAGGAACUCCGGAUGGACUCUCUUCUCUGUGCCUUUGAGAGUUUGGGCAAAGCUUGGCCCAGGAACCCAGAAACACAGCGCUGCUACAGACAAGAGCUGUGCAAACUCAUGUGCGAGCGGCUGAAGCUCAGCACCUGGAAAGUACAGCUGGGCGUGCUCCAAGCAAUGAAGGCUUAUUUUCAAGGGCUACUACUGCUUGAAGCAGAACACGCAGACCCCGAAGCUUUGGCAGGAAUACUCUUGGAAACUUGUUCUUCUAUCACUCACUCUCUAGAGAAUAAAAGUUACACCUCCAUAAGAACAGAAGCCUUGUCAGUAAUAGAAGUGCUGCUCACGAAACUUGAAGAGUCCAAACAGUGGGAAAGCCUGAAUGCAGAUAGCAGAGAACUUCUCAUGGGCUCACUAACAACCAUGACACUGGACAGCAGGCCUGAACUACAAGAAAAGGCAUCUUUGUUAAAGAAAACCCUUGAAAAACUUGAUUGAUUUUUUUUCUUUUAAAAAACAACAACCAAGUGCCAUCUGAAACAAAGCAAGCAAAAAUGGAAAGCACGCAGUGCGCUCUGAAUACAACUAGGGAAAAGUUGACUUUGUAGCAUGCAUCAUUCCUUGGCUAAAAUAAAGAAUGCCUUGAAUUUUGUCCCCCAAUAUUUUUUUCUUUUUUUAAAAAAAAAAACCCAAAACAUUUCAACCAAUUUUGGCAGUUAAGCAAACCUUGAAAGUAUUAAAAAGAAAAGAAACUGUGUAAUGAAUAUUUUGGAAAUUGUUCUGAUCCGUGUGGGUACAGAAGAGAAGAAGCACCAUGUUAAUAAAUUAGACCAGGCAAAAUCUUCUAGCAUAUGUAAGAAGUCCAAUAAUCUCUGUAGACAAAAGUGAUCAUGGGAGCUCUGGGGAGCAAAAUCCUUAUUAAAAUGUUGCUUGUAUGUUCCAUAUGGCACGGUUAUUUCUUGGUGUUGUAUUGGUAGCUUCCCCUUAGAAGGACAAAGAGAAGUCGCCGAAGAGCUCAUUCUCCUUGCUGGCCUGGUCUGAUAUCAAUUUCCGGAAUCCCUCGUGUGUGCUGGUUGUUCUGGGUCAUGUACUGUCUCUUCAUAAGGGCAAGUUUACACCUUUCUAUAUUUUUAGAAGGAUGGCUUUCCCCCCCCCAAGGUAAGAAUGCACAUUGGAGAAGCACUUUAAUUAGCUGUCUCAAAGCGAGAGUAUUUUGGAAAUGACUGAAAAAGAAAGCUGAAGCUCUACUCUUCCUCGAAAUCGUUUUGCAUGACACUCAGCAGAAGUGAAAGCCUUCUCUAAAAUAAGUCCUUUGAGAGUGUUACACAUUUUCCCUAAAAGAGAUUUUGCUCCCUUUUCUUGCUUUGGAAAGCUGUAACAGUUCACAUUAGCUACAUAAUCUUAUCAGACACAGGCAUCUUCUGGUUUCGAGGAAACACUAAAGAGUUGACUUUAAACCCACAUUGACCCGCAGUGAAAAUAUGAUGGCACUAAAUAGCCAUGCUAUUUUGUCCCCUUAUUUAGAAAACAAAUUAUUUUUGCUUGUUUUAAUUAUGAUUUCCUAGAUUGCGAAGCUAAACAUUAAAUCUGUACAACUUCACAACCAUGAAUUUCUGCAAGGCUUGUUCUCUGAAAGAACUUUGAUGUGGGAAUCGGUGUAUUUUAACCACUUGUAAAUGGGUGUGUGUGUGUGUGUGAGAGAGAGAGAGCGUGAAGUCCUUAUUUGUAAGUUACUGGCUGUAGGAUCAGAUAUAGGUGAAGUUAGUAUGUCCUUCAUGGGAGCGACUUCUGUAUAGAAAUUUUGCAACACCCAAGACAGUUUGUAGCUUGCUUCCAGUUGCCUGUGGGAGCACAGCCCAGUUGAGAUCAGCCAGAUGCACCAUUUGCAAGGACAACGGCUUCCAGCCGGAGGCUGUAAUGCGAGUGCUACAGUAAGCCCUUUUCUGAAUUACUUUGCACAAAUCUUACCAGCAGAGUGAACAGCCACUCAGAUGGAGAAAUUUCAUAUAAUUGGUGCUUGGGAUUUUCCCAGAAGUGGUUGUGAUGGGGGGGGGGGGCGCUUGCUUUUUAGAAUUGGCUUAUUCAGUAUUCAACUUCCUGUAGGUUUGAUUUGAUACACUUUACAGGAAAGUACGUCUGAAGGCUGCUUCAUAUUAUGGCUGGCCAGAAAUCCUAACAGUGCAGUGGGCCUGUACGUAAGUCUUGUAUGGAGUGGGGGAUGGGUCUCCGCAAUUCUUUCAUCCCAAAAUGGGUGUGGGGGGGUACAGGGGCGUAAUGUAUGCACAUACACUGGCUGGGGGUUACAGCGCUUCAGAUGGGGAUGGGAAAGUCCCAAUAAUGCAUUUAACAAAACUGGUACUAAGAAAUGGGUUUCAGAAAUCAUCUGAAAUUGUCAGUGUGCGUGUGUGUGUGUGUGUGGUCAGACUGUUUAAAAGCCUGUCUUCUAAGUGGCACCCAUCGUGCUGGAAUUCUGAGAUGCUGUUAGCUUCUCUAAAGGAUUUUCAUGUAUUACAGAAAGCUGCUGCUUGUUUACAUUAGUUUCAAUUUGCCAAGCACCUCUGUGAAACUGAAUGUUCGUAGGCAAAUCUCUACGUAUACACCAUUUUGUCCUGCAAGAGUUUUUUUUAAAAAAUGAGGUGGCAGUUUCAAAUUGAUGCUUUUUAAUUUUUUGCAAUAGUUAUUGUGUUUUAUAGAACUCGCAAAAGCUGUGUCCUAAACAUGUAGGCCUUUGCCAUGACUUUCCAGCAGGGACUUCAGAAUUUUGAGAUGAAAUUUAAAGCUUGUGUUUGGAGUAGCUACUGUAGAAGAUUGCAAAUGGCUUUAAAAACAACAACAACAACUGAGGACUUUAAAAAUUCCAGGUUCAGAACAGUAAGAACUGCCUAGAACAUACACGCUUGACAAAUAGCGUCUCUGAAUAACUUUUUCUUCUAAAAAUUUAAAUUUCUAAAACGUGUGCCUCUAUGAGAGAAUCCUACCUGCAAAAUAUUGACUUAGAGGUCAAAUAUCGGUCCCUCUUAAAUUUGUUGACUUGAUGGAAAAAAGUGGCCUUUGGAGAGUUACGUUUUCCUCUGAAAACAAUUGCACUACAAAACACUGUUGCCCAAGAUGGGCUUUCGUGCUGCUGUCUAAUGCUGCUUUGUAUACCUGGAUUGAAGUGUGUAAAUUUGACACUAUAGCACCUGGCAGAAUUACAAAUCGUUUUAUGUUGAAAGAUUUCUAAUGUUGCAAAAAAAAAAAGAGUCUCCAUUAAAUCCACUACAUUGAAUUUCUGUAUCUGGCUGUGAAGUAUGUACAAUGGACUGAAACUUUUACCAUUUCAAGGGUAAACAAAAUAAAGGUGCAUGACCUGUU